CUCCGGAUCCUCCUCAAGCACGUCGUCCACCUCGAGGGCCACCUCUGUGGAGGCGGCCGGGUGGUAGGCCCGGAUGGCCUGAUGCAGCCGUCCUGAGGGCCUCCGCCCCUCCAUCACUCCUGAAAUUGCAAAACAUUCAAUAUUACAGUGUAAGCAGCCAGGAUAUUAAAUUAACAAUCUUUACACAUGAAAAUAAUCAAUAUUGAGUAAAAAUGAUGCAAAUGAAAUUAAUUAAAUAAGAUUAUGGCCUGAACUGUUUGAAAAGUGGUGACUGUAACUUGAUACGGUAGCUUUUUUAUCACAUGUCUGGUGCGAUAUACUCAAAAAACAAGUGUUCAAAACAAGAAAUCACGUCCGGGUCACGCCUCCUUUCUGCGGUUGUUUUAUCGGAAGUGGAAAAUAGUUAAAGUUGGGGACUCAACAGCCCUAGAAAAGAGACAUGCAGCAGGGAAACGCGGAUGACUCGCUCCCACGGGUCACUGCCUCCGAAUUAGCCACCCGGCUUCGCAGGAUAAUGGCCAAAUGCGAAAAACACGGCGUUGCUCCGAGCACUGUUGCAUCACUGGAGGCGGCCCGGAAGCUGCGAGCUUCGGCCUCCGGGGGCGGCCCGCAGAGAAUCAAGACCGUGUAUCUGGUGGCCAUUGGGGCGGUUUGCUUUCUCGGCUGGUUUUCAGGCAUAUUCCUGGCACCUGCAACGGUCUCCACUUACCUUUCUUGGUGGGGUAGGCGUCUUCAAGAUGAAAAGUGCUUGUUGGAAAACCCAGAUUGGCUCCAAGACACGACCCGUCGCCCUGAGGAUUGCUCCGUAUGCGUCGGAGUUGAUUCCGUGGACAGGAUUACCAAGAUCUCUCCCCAACAUUUCGAGCAAACGUACGCUUCGAGCGGGCGGCCAGUGGUAAUCGAGGAUGCGAUGCGAAAUUGGACCGCGCCCAGCGUCAUCAGCCUGGACUUCUUGCGACGCCUGUACCGCGAUAGCCCGCAGCCCAAUUGCCAGUUUUUUCCAUACAAAACGGAAUUCCGAAGCCUGGCUGAAUUUCUCAAUAUGAGCGAGGAACGAGCCACCGGAAAACCGUGGUACGUCGGCUGGAGCAACUGUGAUGACAGGGUGUCUCGUCAACUCAGGCAACAUUAUUCGAGACCGUAUUUUCUCCCAGAAAACUCUGAAAACAGGCAGCUCGAUUGGAUAUUUAUUGGAAGCCCUGGAUACGGAGCCCAUAUGCAUGUGGACAAUGUUGGUCACGUUUCGUGGCAGGCGCAGCUGAAAGGCCACAAACUUUGGGUUCUGCAACCACCCCCGGAGUGUCUCUAUCGCUGCUCCAUCAUGCAGACGAUUCUAAAGCCGGGGGAUAUAAUUGUGCUAGACACAGAUCGAUGGUACCACUCGACGUUGAUUGUCUCGGACGAUAUUUCCAUCACAAUAGGAGCCGAGUUUGAUUAGAAAAAGAAGGAAAAGGAAAUCUCGUUCGCAAUCAGCCUCGCCGAUGGCUUCUCUCUUGGGUAAAAAUAAAGUGGAUCAAAUAAUGAUGAUUGGCA